AUGGUGCGAGUAUCUGUGGCGCUCCACAACAGAGCCUCGAAUCCCGUCGCGGUCACGGUCCACUACUUCGAUUCUCCAACAGUCAGCAACCCCAACCGUGUCAAGGCCACAUUGGCACCUGGAAUCUUUCUGUCUUCCCUACGACCUACUAAAUGGAGUCAACUUCAAUUCCGCAUACUCCCCUGCUUUCGUCGUUACCAACGCCCUCCUGCCAUGGCUAGCCUCUCUAGAUCAGAGGUUAUCAGGAGCAAACCAAUUGCGGACGGGCUGAAUGUGUUUCGCGAUUCAUUCAAUUCUUUGUGUGAGGGACUUGGGGUAUCUAGUUCUGUGGACGGGUUGCAGCGCAUUGGUCAUGAAGGUCUCCAAAAUCUAGCACUUGAUCUUAUAUUAGCCUUGCUAGUCCUCCCUGUCUCUCGGAUAUUACCUUCCAAUAUCGGCAAUAAAAAUCUCUUCGGUGACCUUUCAAGGCUCAACUCGGCAGUCAAUAGCGAUGACUUCGACAUCGAACGGGUCACACCUCUGUUGAAAGCGGUAAUCAAUAACGAAUCCGACGACAUCAUCUGGGGCAAAGCUUACGCUGCUGUCACUGAGUUCACACCACCCCCUCGGCCACUGCCAUUCUUGAAUCAAACCCCUUGGUCCAACGCUACAAGCAGUAUUGUCAACUCUUCGGAGCACAGGAAAUAUGUGGAUGAUGUGCUGAAGGACGAGUUGGGGUCGUCGCUCUAUAUUGGGGUGCCUGGGUUCUACGACGCGUUCUUUAGACACGUGGAAGAGCUAGAUUCUAUAUCCGAGGCUGUCUUUGAACAAUGUCAGGAGGGGGGAGAACCCAUUUUUAGCGAUGGAGGCGGCUGGCGUGACUGGCCCAAUGAAGCAAAAGAGCCAGAAGUCUUGAAGUGGUUUGCAGAGAAGAUUGAUCAGUUUUUGGGCUUCGCAACGGACCACAGAAAUGUUCCACGAAGACUUUUAGCGCAGCCCAACCAACCUUUGGAAGGUUCGACAGCAGAGCGCAAGCUGGACAUUGGCUUCGUUAAUAACGUAGACGCUGAGGACAAUUCUAAAUGUCACUGGUCCGAGAUUCUGGCCAUAGGAGAGCUCAAAAGCAAACCGGGUGGUGAUACGCUCUCGAAGACAUGGCGCGACCUGGCAAGAUAUGCGAGAGAGGUCUUCUUCGCUCAGGACACUCGCCGCUUCGUACUAGGCUUCACGCUCUGCGGGUCGAUCAUGAGACUCUGGGAAUUCGACCGGUUAGGCGGAAUUGCAUCCUCUCCUUUCGACAUCAAUCAGGACGGAUUACAAUUUGUGUCAGUGGUACUAGGAUAUCUCUGGAUGAACAAAACACAGCUCGGUUUCGACCCCACCAUACUGGAGGCAGGCGGAGAAAGAUACAUAGAAAUCAUGCGCCACGGGCGUAAAGAGCGCCUUGUGAUUGACGAGACGAUGAAACGGGCAGGAUGCGUUGCCGGCCGAGCGACAACCUGCUGGAAGGCACAUCUUGCGGAUGAUGAUACAAAAGCACCUCUAGUGAUAAAAGACUCGUGGCAGUAUCCGGAACGGGAUGAGGAAGGGGAAUUGCUACGGGAAGCAACAGAUAAGGAAGUGGUCAAUGUUGCGAGGCAUUACUGCCAUGAGACCGUACACGUGGCUGGCGAGCGGGACGACGUCCGAGGCAAUGUACGGAGGAAUUUGGAUAUUUCAAAGGCAGCUAACUACUUCGUCCAACGGAAAAAGGCAGAAGGCUCGAUGUUGCCUCCCAAACCGUCUGGCAUGGAUUCCAGCCGAAGGGGCCGAUCAACCGCUGAUACUAUCAAUCGGAAGAGGUCAUCUAGUUCGCUUGACGCGACCCUACCACCAAAGAAGCGCACUUGCUCCAGCUCCCCAACAAAAAGGGUGCAAACUCCUUCGACGCAUAACCGAAUCCGCCGUCGCGUCAUCGUCCGCGACUACGGCACACCUAUAUACAAGGCAAGCUCUUGUGUCGCCAUGGUUGCUGCGUUGGAGGGUUGCAUUGAAGGAUACGAGUCUCUACACGGCCGGGCUAGCAUGCUCCAGCGCGACGUGUCGAUUGGCAACCUCAUGAUGAAUGAGGAUGUCGAUAACCCUUCCUGGGCCUCAUUCCUCAUCGAUCUCGACCUUGCAAUUAGAUCGGAGCGUGAGGAGCCUUCCGGAGCUCGAAGUAUGACCGGCACGAGGGCUUUCAUGGCCAUUGGGGUACUCCUUGGCGAGAAGCAUUCGUUCAUGCAUGAUCUAGAAUCGUUCUUCUGGGUACUCUUGUGGAUUUGCAUCCACUAUAAUGGGCCGGCUGAGAAACCGACAGUUGUCCAUAGGUUUGACAAGUGGAACUUUUCAGAGACAGAAGAAUUGGCGGAGUCGAAGAAAGGGGCAGUGGUCCAUGAAGGAGAUUUUAAGAGGAUGAUAGAGGAGAAUAUUAGGCCAUACUACAAGUCACUUCAGCCUUGGCUAAAUCGUUUACGAAAGGUGGUGUUUCCAAACGGCGGGAGGUGGGAAAAGGAAGAUAGAGGCCUAUAUUCUCGGAUGAAAGAGGUUCUCCGAGAGGCACAGAGGGACUUGAAUGUAGCAGCAGAGGUAGCAUAA